CCGGCAUGUUCGGCCAGCAUACGGCCUCAUCUGCGGGGUUCAAGGCGAAACAAGAAGCACCUCACCCUGGAGCAAGGACGCCGUUUGACUGCUGUGCCCUCACAUUCCAGCCAUUUGAGAAUCCUGUUUGCGCGCGAAACUCAGAUGGAACGGGUCUUGUUUUCGACUUGGUCAACAUCAUCCCUUGGCUCAAGCAACAUAAUAACAUCAAUCCCGUCACACAAGAACCACUGACUUCGGCCGACCUGAUCUCUUUGCAUUACUCUCGCAAGCCGUCUGGCGAAAUUCACGACCCAAUUUCGUUCAAACCUCUCAGCGAGCACUCACACAUUGUCGCCAUUGCGACAACCGGAAACGUCUUCCUUGCUGAGAGCAUUAAGGGCGGUAGGGACCUCGUGGCGGACGUCAAGUUCAAAAAAGACGAUAUAAUCACACUUCAGAAUCCUCAUGGUCUUCCACCGAUGUCUGUCGCGAAAGCCGCGGAGAAGUCGACUGCUGAGCCAGAGAAGCCCAAAGCAGUAACAAAAACCGGGCCUGCUCCUCAAGCGACAGCGAAGCCGAAAAAUGUGCCAUGGAAUGCCUCUCCUUACUCGACCGGAUUGCCGGGAGCCUCUUUGACAUCAACUUCAGUCGAUCCACAAACACGAAGUUCGCAACUUCUGUGGGACGAGGAAGAGCUCAUGUUUGAGGAUUUUGCCAACCCUCCGAAAGGAAAAGGGAAGGAGAAGGAUGUGGGUCGAAGACGCGCGUAUGUUCGUGUCGUCACGUCUUUGGGCGGGGGCUUGAAUUUGGAACUGUUUUGCGAGAAGGCACCCAAAACAUGCUACAACUUCCUGAUGCUGGCGAAGCAAGGAAAAUACAACGACUGUCUCUUUCACCGAUUAGUGCCAGAAUUUAUGGUGCAAACAGGGGACCCCACGGGUACUGGUGCUGGCGGCCAGUCUUACUGGGGUACGCCGUUCCGAGACGAGUAUGAUAUGCGGAAUGCAGCGAAGCAUGAUGACCGAGGAACCCUCGCAAUGGCAAAUAAAGGAGCUAACACGAACGGCUCCCAGUGGUAUAUGACCUUCAAGGCUACACCUCACUUGGACAAAAAACAUACUGUAUUUGGGAAACUUGUCGGUGGAGAGGAUGUACUAGAUGCUCUUGAGAAGCUCCCUGUCAAGCCUGGCACGGAACGACCUGCCAAACCAGUGAAAAUUUCAGAGGUUAUAAUUUACCAAGAUCCGUUCGAGGAGUACAAGGAACGGCAGGCGAAGAGACGUGCCAAGAAGGCUGAGGCAGAGUCCGGCGUCCGUGAGAGUCAGCCGACAAAAAAUGCUGAUGGCGAAAUCAACUGGUUUGGGGAGAAGGUGGGCGUCGAGAAGUCUGCGGGGGGCCUAACGGGUGUUGGUGUUGGCAAGUACUUGCAUCUCGGUGGUAAUGCGCCUACCAAGAGACCCGCCCCGGCACUCACAGUCCCGAGCGUCGCCGAAGAAACAAAGAAGAAGCGGAAGAUAGGCUUCGGCGAGUUCGAAGGCUGGUAACCCCGGGUUACCUAUCAUUAUGUUCGUCCUCACGUAGAUGCUGUAAAUUAGCGUAUUAUAUGUACAUGUAAUCCUCCAAGUCUGGUGCUCAAGCUGGAAUGGGAAUGCGUUCUCGUUCUACAGCAUGCUCCUGUCCCUCGACGGCUUCUUCUGAGAUAUCGAUAGCAGGCACCGUACGCGGUGCAGACGGGAGGUUAAUGGCUUGCUCGGGCUCUUCUCCCAGCGCUUCCUUCUGAAGCUCAGCAAGUUCUGCUUGUACUGCUUCUUCGUCCUCCACGGUAAGAUUGCUUGCAAGCAUCUCGUCGAUUUCUCUUUGGUAUUCGCGAGCUUCCGCCGUCUCCUCCAUGAUCUUCUCAACCUUCUCAAGGCUCAUCUCUUUGUGAAUCUGCUUAAGCACUUCGUUGCCCUGUUGUAGCCCGUGCAAGAUAGAGGCCUCCACCAGGGAGAACUCUAUUGUAGAGACUAGGUGUUCGAGAUUCUCUAACUGUGCAUCUGUCUUGGUAAGAAGAGACUCCUGAUAUUUCUUCUUCCGCAAAGCAAGGAUGGCACGGUCUUUGUUGCCGACAGCCAGCUGUUGUUUCGCUAUCUCAUGUUCCCUAUCGAGGACAGUCUGAAUCUUCUUCUGGUAUUGUUUGACCUUAUCACGCUGCAACUUCAGGUCGAGGAUAGCCCGGUCCUGUUUCGUAAUCUUUGGCACAGACUGGUUCACCCCCAUCGCAAAGAGUGUUCAGUAAGAG